AUGGCGGUCGCCCUUCGCCUGCCCUGGGGUCCCCGUGGUCCUUUUUUGAGGAGGGCGGCCGCCGCGGGGGACGCGGGCGGCGGCCCGGGCAGCCGGGCCGGGGCGGCGGCCGAGGCGCGUUUCAUCAGCAGCGCCAAGGGGAAAGGCCUGUUCGCCACCAGGAGCAUCCGCAAAGGGGACACCAUCUUCGUGGAGCGGCCCGUGGUGGCCUCGCAGUUCCUCUGGAAUGCCCUGUACAACUAUAGGGCCUGUGAUCACUGCCUGCGGGCCUUGGAGACGGCUCAGGAAAAUGCCCAGCGGCUGCUGGGAAGGAGCUCCCAGGUGCUGCCUCACCCGGAGCAGUGCAGCAUCCGGAAGGACCUGCACCAGCAGUGUCCCCAGUGCCAGGUGACGUACUGCAGUGCUGAGUGCAGGCAGUCCGCGUGGGAGCAGUACCACCAGGUGCUCUGCCUCGGCCCAGCCCGCGAGGACCCCGCACACCCCCUCAACAAGCUGCAGGAGGCAUGGAGAAACAUGCAUUACCCACCGGAAACUUCCAGCAUCAUGCUGAUGGCACGGAUGGUGGCCACCGUCAAACAGGCCAAGGACAAGGACUGGUGGAUCAAGGUCUUCUCCCAGUUCUGCAAUAAGACAGCAAACGAGGAGGAGGAGAUUGUGCACAAGUUGCUGGGGGACAAAUUUAAGGGCCAGCUGGAGCUGCUGCGAGUGCUCUUCACAGAAGCCCUUUACGAUGAGCAUCUCAGCAGGUGGUUCACUCCCGAAGGCUUCCAGUCCCUCUUUGCCCUCGUCGGGACGAACGGCCAAGGCAUCGGAACGAGCUCCCUGAGCCAGUGGGUGCACGCGUGCGACGCGCUGGAGCUCCCCGGGGCGCAGCGCGAGCAGCUCGACACCUUCAUCGACCAGCUCUACAAGGACAUCGAGAAGGAGUCAGGAGAGUUCCUCAACUGCGAGGGAUCGGGUCUCUACGUGCUCCAGAGCUGCUGUAACCACAGCUGCAUCCCCAAUGCCGAGACCUCCUUCCCGGACAACAACUUCCUGCUGCAUCUCACAGCACUGGAGGACAUCGAGGCCGGAGAGGAAAUCUGCAUCAGUUACCUGGACUGCUGCCAGAGGGAUCGGAGCAGACACAGCCGCCACAAGAUACUCAGGGAGAACUACUUGUUCACCUGCUCGUGUCCCAAGUGCCUGGCGCAAGCCGACGAUGCCGACGUGACGUCAGAUGAGGAGGAGGAGGGCGAAGGCGAGACGGACGAUGCCGAGCUGGAGGACGAGAUGACCGACGUGUGAUCCCGC